AUGUCUGUCAGUGCAAGCGUCGCUGGCGGGGCCCUUGUUGCUGGUAGCAGCAAAAGCUCGAGUACCGAAGAACCAGAAAUCAUUCUGCAAAACAUCGGUUGCUUAAAACGUCUCGCGGAACUCGAUCUUCAGCCGGCUGAAAAGAUUUACACGGUUCCAAAUGAUCCUGGAUCUGGAGGAAAAGCGGUUGACAUCCAAACGAACGUGUUCGGAAUCGAGCUGUUCAAGGAGACUAUGGUCUACCAAUACGUGGUUCAUAUGAAGGCUGAUCUGACGACAAACAAGGAAGCUGUAUUCACGAAGAAAGGAAAAGAAGAGUACGUUUUUUGAAGGAAAAAUAUGACUCUAGUUAUAAUUGCAGUUUCAUCGUUCGUGAUCGUCACAAAAAAUGCUGCGACAUUCUUUUCUAUGCCGUUAGAAAUAACGAAACAUUUUUCAAAAUGGUGGACGGAAACCAUAUAGUCUACGAUGGACAAAGCUGUCUUUUCGCGACUAUCGACCUUUUCCCUGAAAUUAACGAUAUCGCUAAGAAGACACAGCUCUUCAAUAUUAACGGAGCCAACAUCGGCAAUGAAGAUCUGAAAAGCCUCUCGUGUAUCGUGCUCGAAAUACAUGCUGCGAAGAAAGAGUCUUUCAUAAUCUCUUCUGAAAAAAUUGCCAGACGGACAGCGGAUCCUCACAUCAGAGCAAAUAAUCGAGGAUACACUCAAUUCAUGGAGCUUAUCCUCAAUCAGACCUGCAUUCGUGACACGUAAUGAUUCGUUUAUCUUCUUUCCAAAGUCGACUUUUCAGAGCACGCUUCGGUUGUUUCGAGCAUGGAAAGAUUUUCUGUAUGAAGCCAUGGGACGAUGGAUACGACAUUUACGACCAUCCAGACGUUGGCGAUGGAAAGUCGUUGCUUCCGGGUCUCAAGAAAACUGUACAGUACAUCGAGGGUCCUUGUGGGAGAGGACAAAACAAUCCGUCUAUUGUCAUCGAUGGUAAGUUCAAAGUUGUUUUAUAUUGGUAUUUUUCUGUUUCAGCAAUGAAAACAGCGUUCCACAAAGUUCAGCCGGUCCUCCAAAAGGUAUACGAGAUUCUGCAAAAGGACCCAUCCAAUGGAAUCUCGGAUUUUGACAAAGAAAAAGUUGUUCCAGUCAUCAGAGGACUUCACUGCCAUACAACGUAUACCGAUCGGCCGCGGCAUUUACGUAUCGAAGGAAUUCACCAUGACAAUGCAAUGAAAGCCAGAUUUGAAUUGAAAGAAGGUGGCAGUUGCACAGUUCACAAGUAUUUCAUGGACAAAUAUGGCGUUCAACUAAGGUGAUAUAGAAAUUCAACCAGGACUAUUGUAUGAAUUGCAGAUAUCCGAACGCCAAUUUGCUCAUCUGCAAAGAUCGUGGAAACAACAACUUUUAUCCAAUGGAACUGAUGAGCAUUGACCGGGAUCAGCGCGUGACUAUCAUGCAGCAGACUGGUGCUCAAAGUCAGAAAACAACGAGAGAGUGCGCCGUUUUACCGCCGGACCGUCAAAAACUGAUUAUGAUUGGCAAGAGUGCCGCUGAAAUUAUCGAGUCCAACGACUUGCUGCAGCACUUUGGAAUCAAAGUCUACGAGUUCCCGAUGAUGGUGAAAGCACGUGCGAUCGACGGAAACGACAUCCAAUUCAGCGAACGCAGCAAAGCGAAAGCUAUUCUGGGCAAGUGGCGAUCUCCCCCAGGAAGCUUCUUCAAACCCGCUGACUGGCCUUCCGUUUGGGCAUUUUACGCUGUCGGAACGUCUACAUCACGAUUCACGCCGAAAGAUCUGCGGUAUGAGCCUUCUACGUGUUUUUAUCUAACGUUUAUACGUUUUCAGGGAGUUCUCGGUCGCAUUUGUUGAAACAUGUCAGAGAAAAGGAAUCCGUCUCGGACAGCCUGGUGAAUGCGAACUGGUUUCGGCCGAUAACAUUGUAGACAAACUCGCUAUGGCCGCAAGUUGUCAGUGCAAGUUUGUUUUCAUCAUUAGUGAUGACAGCAUCAUUACUUUGCACCGUAAGUUUUUAUUUAUUUGAAGCUAUUUAUAUUAUUAUAUUAAGAGAAAUUCAAACUUUUGGAGAGAGAAUACGAUAUGAUCAUCCAAGAUAUGAAGAUGAGCAAGGCUCUUUCGGUUAUUAGACAACAAAAAAGAUUGACGUUAGAGAACGUCAUCAACAAAACCAAUGUUAAACUCGGAGGUCUUAAUCAUGCAGUUGUCGACUCGAAGAAAACGUGAGUAACUUUUCGGAACUGUGCUUCAAUAAAAAUUUUUAGCAUCAGUGACGACCAGCUGAUCAUUGGAGUAGGCGUUUCUCAGCCCGUCGGUGCUGCAAGAUUUGCAGACGGGCGAACUUCCAUCAAUCCUCUCGUCGUUGGUUACGCUUCUAAUGCCAAGGCUUGUCACGAAUUUGCCGGAGACUUCUUGUUAGGCCCAAAUGGUCAAGAUGUAAAAUAUUCUGUUCAAUUCAGCGAGGUUUUAUCGUUAUAUUUAGACUAUUGCAUCUAUUGAAGACGUCGUGAGAAACUCAAUGGAAUCUUAUGAGAAGCACCGCGAGCGACUUCCUAAGAAAGUUAUCAUCUAUCGAAGUGGUGCUUCAGAAGGAUCGCAUGCUUCUCUGAUUGCCUUCGAGGUUCCUCUCGCCCGUUCCGUCGUCGAAUCGUUCAAAUCUGAUAUCAAGCUGAUCUAUAUUGUUGUUACGAAGGAUCACAGCUACAGAUUCUUCAAACAAGAGAUCGACAACGCAGUCAAACCGACUGAGCAAAACAUUCCGGCUGGAAUCGUGCUUGAUACUGCUGUCACCCAUCCUGCGUGCAAGCAGUUCUUCUUGAACUCGCACAGCACCCUUCAGGAAAGAGCUGGAGUUUCAUCGUAUUCUAUCCGUUUUGUUUCAGGGAACAGCAAAGACUCCAUUGUACACAGUUCUUGCUGACGACUGCAAAGCGCCGAUGGACAAGCUUGAGGAACUCACAUACGCAUUGUGCCAUCACCAUCAAAUUGUCGCUCUAACCACUUCGCUCCCGACCCCGUUGUACGUCGCGAAUGAGUGUGCCAAACGCGGCCGUAACUUGUGGGCGGAAAAGACGUGAGCAAGAUCGAUCGUUUUUUGUCAACCAUGUUUGAAUUUUCAGCGCUGGCAAGCCGGUGGAUGUUCCAGAGCCGAGCGCGUUGCUUGAUCGCCUCAAAGACCUGACUAUGGACAUCGCCUACAAAUACACCAGCAACCUAGUCGACAAGCGCGUCAAUGCCUAA